AUGUCUAUCCACCUACCCUCAUUCCUUUCGGUUGCUCCGCCUUUGGUACCUUUGGCUCCUCAUUCGAUGCAGCUCGCUCUGCCUUGGACAAUACAGGCUUGGGCUCCGGACAUGGAGUCCCCCACUGCACCUACCCCAACACCCUCCUCGGAGCGCAACGACAAGAGCUAUCUUACUCUCCGAGGUGACCCGACAACAUCUAUCCAGUCAAGGUUUACCCUCAAACCCCUCUCACACGCCCCGCCGUCUGCUACCACGUCUGGCAGGGCACCGUUUACAACGAAGGUCUUCCUUUGCCGUCUAUCCGCAAAACAUUCAAUAGUGGACCCAUCCAACGAACUGCGCCCCCACACCGGCAGCGACUCGGGACACGGUUUCCCCUUCUCAUGCUACGCAUACCUAGAAGAUUUACAGGUUCUGCGCGAAUUGAAGGAAGCCGAGCUCUUGUUGACCAACUUCUUCGGCCCUGGCAUUGACCCCAAGUUCGAUGAUCGCUUCUCCUGCUUGUCCCUAUACCUCUACGGUCUCGCGAACAGGGCCCCGUCUUAG